GUCUACCCAGUCGGUUAUGAUUUGGUUCAAUUCUCGCAAAUCGUUUGGAAAUUUGGUCAGUUGUGUUAUACAUACUAAUCUGUGGUGUGGUCCGCCGUUAUUAAUUCUCCGACGCAGGUGCCUGAUGUUCGCGAGUAAACGUCUUUUUUUUUGCGGUUUUCAACUUCGGUUAUAAAUGGCGUCGGUAACUUUGUACCGAUUCAAUUCCGAUUUUCACGUAUACAUAUAUUACUGAAUGCGAAUCCAUUCCGAUAAGAAAUCUGACAUUGACUUAAAAAAAAAAAUCAUGGCAUCAAAUACUUCUCAUUUGGUUCCAGAAAAUAUAAAUAUUCAUCAGUUGGUAUAUGAUUUAAGACCAUGUGAAUUACAACUCAUUUUAGAUACUGUUAAACAGAACAAAUUUGGUAGCAAAAAAGUUUUAUGUAAGCGUGUUUUAAACUUGUUGUCUGCUUCUCCAAUAAAAACAAAAUUGUUGACACAAAAUAUUUUACAAGUCUAUAAGGCUAGAUUAGAAGCAGACCAAAUGUAUCAACAACAUCCUCAACCACCAACACCACUAUUAAUUCAACAUCCACAUGAAUCACAUUUUUCACCUCAGUAUUUUCAACAACCUCCUUCAUAUAAGGAUUUUAAGAAUAAGAAGUGUACUGUACCUUAUACAACCAAUACUUUACCAUUUUUUAAUGAAGUUCAUGAUAUUUCAACUACUAAAUUUGAAAACUUACCAUUUUUUAAGACAAUAGAAACUUUACUGUUUCCUAUUGACUGUACAACUGUUGUUGAUUCAGCCAACUUCACUGGUCUUUUUUUUCUAACAGAUGAUGUUAGACAUACAAUUUUAAAAUCGUGGAAUAAUACUAAACAAGAAUACAAAGUUCAAAUAAUUUUAAGAUUAGUUCGAAGAGGUGUUAUAAAAUAUGUUACAGAUCGUUUACCUUACAAUUUAAAUGUGUCCGUAAAUGGUCUUCAAUGCAAGUUACCUACAAUGAACAUCCCAAUGGAGGCUGAUAUCAUCCCAUGGAGAUGCAAUGUUCCUAUAGAUAUUACUCAGCUAACAGAUUUAAGAAACUGCUCACAGAACACAUUAAAUAUCACUUGGUCAGAAGAUUCACAAAACUAUACAGCUGUUGUUUGUAUUGCACAGAAAUUAACUUGGAGUGAGCUUCUUGUAGAACUUAAAAAAAGACCACUUCGUGCCUCAGAUAAAACAAAAGAAUUGAUUAAAAAAUCAAUGGAAAGUGAUGCUGAUAUGGUUGUAGCAUCUAUGUUUGUUACUAUUAAGGAUCCACUUGGUAAAAUGAGAAUGAACCUACCAUCUCGAGGUAUUAAUUGUAUACAUUUGCAAUGUUUUGAUGCUAUACAAUUCUUGCAGAUGAAUGAACAAAAGCAAACAUGGACAUGUCCUUUAUGUAAGAAAAAAGUAAGAUUUGAAGAUAUUGAAGUUGAUGAAUUUUUUUUAAACAUUCUUCAAAAUCCAAAUUUAAGUAAUGAUUGUGAAAAUAUCAUAUUAUCAGCAGAUGGAACAUGGCAUGAAAAAAAACCUGGAGAUUUUUCAUAUAUGUCCAGAAUAAAUGACAAUCAUUCUUCAAAUCACAUUGAGGCGAUUAUAUUAUCAGAUUCAGAUGAUGAGGAUGAUCAUAUUGAUCAUACAGAAACAAAACAUAGAAAAUGCAAUUCACCAUAUGUUGAAGAAUCUUUAAAAAAUUCUGAACCUAUUCUCCAAACUGAAGAUUUGACAAGAACAAAUGAUAAUAAUUCUGCUGAUGGUGUAUUUGUAUUAGACUUAAGUCUUAAGAAUAAUUCAUUCCCAUCGACUAAUUCAAAAUAUGAACCAAUAAUUAUAUUAAAUGAUGAUUCUAAUUCUCAGUCUUUAACUGAAUCAUCCAAUAUAUUAAAUAGUUUUUACUCGCCAAAUAUUUCAAUUUCAAAUUGCUGUAAUAAUGAAUGUUAUGUCAGUAGGUCAACCAACUCUGGAAUAAAAAGUAAACACAGAGAAAUAGCUAAAUCGCGAGAUGUCUUAUGUGUUUUAACAUUAGAUUAA